AUGGUAGCCUCAGACAAACCCGAGCCCGAGGUCGAGCCAGACGACCAAAGGCAAGAGACCGACAAAGACCUACGCAUCACCUUUGACGACGGUGAACACCCCGAGCCUCGACGUGGUCGGCGUGCUGAGAAUGGCGGUUCCAUCUUCCGUGGAUGGUCGCAACAGCGCGAUGGCAGCCGUGGAAGCUCACGUAGUCGACAACGCGCCACUGAUGCCCCCUAUGCCGGCUACCAGAUCGAACACCGCACGCUCUCCAUCCAUGUCUCUGAGUCUCAUCCCAGUGCCCAGGCUUGUCAGCAGCUCAACGUCUCGGCUGACACUGGCCUCUCCAAUGACGUGGCGGCCAUGCGUCUCGAGUGCGACGGCAAGAAUAUCCUCCCUCAGCCCAAGACAAACUAUCUCCGUAAGAUUCUGGGCUACAUCUUUGGAGGGUUCUGUUCCGUCCUCUGGGUCGGUGUUGUCGUCUUCUUUAUUUGUUGGAAACCACUCAGCAAACCUGAAUCGCCGACAAACUUGGCCUUGGCCAUCCUCAUCCUCAUCGUUAUCUUUCUUCAGGCCGCCUUCAACGCGUUCUCCGACUGGUCAACUUCGCGCACGAUGAAGUCUAUCACGGACCUUCUCCCAUCCAAGACGCACGUCAUGCGAGACGGACAAGUCUACGUCCUGCCGUCGUGUGAUUUGGUCGCCGGGGACAUUGUGCGCUUGACCGUGGGAGGCAAGGUGCCCGCAGACGUGCGCAUCAUCCAACAUUCCGGCGACAUUCGCUUCGACAAGUCCAUGCUGACGGGGGAGUCGGAGGAGGUCGUGGGUACCGUCGACGUCACGGACCCCAAUUUCCUGGAGAGUCGCAACAUUGCUCUCAUGGGCAGCAUGGUCGUGAAUGGCGAGGGUGUCGGGCUCGUGAUCCUCACCGGCGGACGCACCGUCAUGGGGCGCAUCGCGCAGGCCAUGAGCGACGUCAAGGAGAUGCCAACGUUGAUCCAGCGCGAGAUCUGGCGCUUUGUGCGUAUCAUUGUCUGCAUGACCAUCCUACUCGCCACCAUCAUUGCCGUUACCUGGACGGCCUGGCUGCGGACCGAUCACAGGGGGUUCAUGAAUGUGGUAGGCAUGCUGAACAAUGUCAUGGGCUGUGUCGUUGCCUUCAUCCCCGAGGGCAUGCCGAUUGGGGUCUCGCUCACCCUGCUGAUGGUCGCGCGACGCAUGAAGGCUGUCGACAUUCUGCCCAAAGGAUUAUCCACGGUCGAGCCACUGGGUUGUGUCAAUGUCAUAUGCUCCGACAAGACCGGCACGUUGACCCAGAAUCUCAUGUCUGUAUCAUCCAUCUCCUUCGCAGACGCUCCCGCCUCGACGGAGCAAGUUCGACAGUCCAUAGCAGGUGGAAACGCUGGCCAAGCCAUGUCAAUGCUCCAUCGGGCCUCGACGCUGUGCAAUGAUGCCACGUUCGACGCAUCGACGCUUCAACUCCCCGUCAAGGAACGCGCAGUCAAUAGGAACGCUACAGACGCGGCUGUGCUGCGCUUCGUAGCCGAGUGCAACCCCAGAGACCAAUCUCAGCUGUGCCCGGAGAUACCUCGUGCGCAUAGCAUCCCGUUCAACUUUAGGAACAAGUGGAUGCUCACCAUGUUUCUCAACCAAGCUCAGUCUGAAAAGCAGCGAGACACAUAUCAAGUGUACAUGAAGGGCGCACCUGAUGUCCUCUUCCCAGCAUGCACACACUUCUGGUCAGGCAAAACCAACUCUGUCCUCCCUCUGGACGACGAGAUCCGGUCUGCCCUGAAAGCCACGCAGGACAGCCUGUCACGCAACGCGGAGCGCGUCAUCAUGCUGUGCGAAAAGACCGUCACCCCGAGUUCUAUGCCCGGCACCAACGCCUUCAGCGAAGAAGUGGCGAGCAGUGCGCUCGAGAGCCUCACCAUCGUGGGCAUCUUUGGCAUCAUCGACCCGCCGCGCCCAGAGGCCGUCACCACUGUCGCACAAGCCCGUCGCGCCGGUGUCCGGUUCAUGAUGGUUACGGGUGACUAUAGUCUAACGGCGGCCGCUAUUGCGAAGAACAUUGGUAUCUUUGCGCGCGACGCCCGGCCGGACUUGGUGGAUGCGAUGAGGGCCAACCAUGACGUCUCGGCUGAGAAACUGAGGCUUGAGCGGGGAGAAGACUCUGGCAGAGCGCUGAUUGUGGAGGGCAAAGAGGUCCUGGGGCUAUCGAGCGAUGACUGGGACCUGGUGUGUGAGUAUGAGGAGGUGGUGUUCGCUCACACGACCCCUGAACAGAAGCUCCGCAUCGUCAAUGAGUUCCGCCAACGCGAUAACGCUGUUGCCGUGACAGGCGACGGCGUCAACGAUGCCCCAGCUCUCCGUGCUGCUGAUGUCGGUGUCGCCAUUGUCUCGGGCAGCGAUGUGGCCAUUGACGCUUCGGACCUCGUUCUCCUAGACAAGUCCGACUCCAUUAUUGACGCCAUCCGUCUUGGCCGCCUUGUCUUUCAGAACCUGCAAAAAGUCAUCGCCUACCUCCUUUCUGCCGGAUCGUGGUCCGAGAUCUGGCCCGUCCUGGUCAACGUCUUCUUUGGCGUGCCUCUUCCCCUAUCUGCGUUCCUCAUGAUCGUCAUCUGCGUCUUCACCGAUCUCUUCCUGUCCCUCUCCCUGAUCAUGGAGAAGGCCGAGUUCGACCUCCUGUCGCUGCCGCCACGCAACCACAAAAAGGACCAUCUCAUCACUGGACGCAUCUAUGGCCAGGCAUAUCUCUUCACAGGCACCAUGGAGACCAUCGUGGCCCACUCCAUGUUCUUCCUGUACUACUGGAGGCACGCGCGUAUCCCCGUCAAGGACCUCUUUUUCCUCUACGAGGGCUACAAGGACGGAUUCCACGGCUACACACUCGACCAACUCAACGCAUUCAACUACACGGGGCAGUGCGUCUACUUUGUCGCGCUGGUGAUUCUGCAGUGGGGCAACAUCCUGGCCAUUCGCAAUCGAAGGUUGAGCAUCGUGCAGGCGGACCCCUUUACCAAGGCGAGGCGGAAUCCGUGGCUGCUGCUGAGCGUGCUAAUAAGUCUCGUCAUUGCCAUCUUUGUGACAGAAGUGCCGGGCCUGCACAUGCUGUUCUUGACGGCGCCUGUGCCGAUUGAGUUUUGGCUCAUACCGAUUCCCCUCGCGCUGGGUAUUCUGCUCAUGGACGAGCUGCGGAAGUUGUUGGUCCGUUUGUACCCGUCGGGGCCGGUUGCUUGGGCGGCUUGGUAG